UAUUUGUUUUGUGAUAAAGUAAGGUAUUUGGUUGAUUUCAUAGCUUUAAAGCUAACCAGCCCUUCCAAUAUAACCACCUAAAGAGACCCAUCAAGCAAAAAAAAAAGGGAGGAAUAUAGCAGCAAUGGCGACGCCAAAGCAGCAGCAGAUGUUGGAACAACAGCAAUCACCGAUGCAGCGAGUGAAGAACUCGGGGGUUAUGAUGACGAUGAGUGAGAGCCCAGUAAACGAUGAGAAGGAAGAGGAAAUGGCGGAAUCUGCAUUGGCGUUGUUUCGAGCGAAAGAAGAAGAGAUCGAGAGGAAGAAGAUGGAGGUUAGGGAUAGAGUUCAGGCUUAUAUGGGCCGCGUCGAGGAAGCAACCAGGCGCUUGGCUGACAUUCGUGAAGAGCUUGAUGACCUUGUCGAUCCAAUGAGGAAGGAUGUCGCAAUUCUGCGCAAGAGGAUCGAUACCAUUAACAGGGAGAUGAAACCACUAGGACAGACCUGCCAGAAGAAGGAAAAAGAAUACAAAGAAGCCCUUGAAGCCUUCAAUGACAAGAACAAGGAGAAAGCACAACUAGUUAGCAAAUUAAUGGAGCUGGUGAGUGAAAGCGAGAAACUGAGGAUGAAGAAACUGGAGGAACUCAGCAAAAACAUCGAAACCCUUCACUAAAUUCUGCUGACUACAACACCACCAUAUGCUUUUGUAUUCCUUUCUUAUGUUUUGAUUUACGUUUUACUUGUUCUUUCAAUGGGAAAUGUUAUGAUGUAGGAAAGUAGUCCCUGAACAGCUUUGUCACCGAAUUGGGUCAACUUUCUUGGGCUGGAUUUGAUGUAUGAAAAUAUCCUUCAUUGCUGACC